CACCGGAGUUAAUAAUUUCUCUGCCUUAUCACUGCUUUUUUUUCAAUAUUGUCCAGUAAGUUUAAUCUCUUUAUGCUCUGGACACACAGGCUUUAAUCACGCUGGUUUUUUUGAAACUUGAACAUGAAAAAGUCAAAAGAAGGGCAGGAUGGUCACAAAGUCAGCUCCGACCAGGCCUUCGAAAAGCAGUCGAUCACAGCAUGCCUGCUCAGUGCAGCCUUCUUCGGGGCCCUGGGCUCGUCUUUCCUUUAUGGCUACAACCUCUCGGUGGUCAAUGCGCCUGCACUGUACAUUAAAGCUUUCUACAACAAAACCUGGGUGGAGCGGUACGGGAAUCCUAUUCCGGCACAGACUGCCACCCUGCUCUGGUCCAUCACUGUCUCUAUAUUUGCCAUCGGAGGUCUAAUUGGUGCGCUGUCUGUUUCUUUUGUCAUCAAAGUGGUAGGAAGAAAGGGAACGUUGCUGCUGAACAACGGCUUUGCUGUGAUAGCUGCCCUCCUGCUCUCCUUGGGUGAAAUCUCCAAGUCUUUCGAAAUGCUCAUCAUUGGCCGGAUCAUUAUGGGGGUGAAUUCGGGUGUAGCUCUCAGUGCCCUCCCAAUGUACCUGGGAGAGAUUUCUCCACGGCAUAUCAGAGGUUUCAUUGGCCAGUUCAACUCCAUCCUGAUUUGCUUAGGAGUGUUUACAGGACAAGUACUGGGGUUGCCCGAGCUCCUGGGUCAGGAGUCCAGGUGGAACUUCCUGUUUUCCUUCUUGGCUGUUCCAGCACUUCUACAGCUGUGCGUGCUUCCCUUCCUCCCUGAGAGUCCUCGCUAUCUGCUGAUGGAAAAGAGGAAUGAGGCAGCAGCAAAAAGAGCUUUUCAGAGGUUUUUGGGGAAGAAGGAUGUGUCCCAGGAGCUGGAGGAGGUCCACGCGGAGGCUCGCGCUCAGGACAACCUGCACGCCGUCUCAGUGUUACAGAUGCUGAGGACUCCAGCUGUUCGCUGGCAGCUCAUCACCAUCAUCAUCACAAUGGCCUGCUAUCAACUCUGUGGCCUCAAUGCUAUCUGGUACUACACUAAUGGGAUCCUUCGGGAAGCAGGCUUUGCUGACAACAUCCUACCCUAUAUCACAUUGAGCACAGGGGCUGUUGAAACUCUGGCUGCCAUCAUCUCUGGCCUGGUGAUUGAGCGAAUUGGGAGGAAGCCUCUCCUCAUUUUUGGUUUCUCCUCCAUGGCGGUGUUCUUCAGCUUACUCACAGCAUUCCUCUAUUUCCAAAACAGUGUGGCAUGGCUGCCCUACCUCAGUUACGUCUGUAUCCUGGCUGUGAUUGCGGCCUUCUGCUCUGGACCAGGUGGCAUCCCGUUUGUUCUGACGGGGGAAUUGUUUGAGCAACCCUACCGACCUGCUGCGUUCAUGAUCGCCGGCACCGUGAACUGGCUGUCUAACUUUACUGUGGGCCUCUUGUUCCCAUUCAUCCAGGAAAAGUUGCAGUCCUUUGCCUUUCUGGUGUUUGUUGUUGUCUGCAUUUUGGGAUCCAUCUACCUCUGUGUUGUCCUCCCCGAAACCAAAAAUAAAACUUUUAUGGACAUCAGUCGGAGCUUUGCCAGGAUCAACAAAACGCCCUGUCCUCCACCGGGCCAUGAAAUUGAGCUGACUUUGUCCAUUACACCUGACAAGAAUGGCAAAACGCAGGAGGUCACAAAAAUGGAAAGUUUGUUUUAGCCGAAAUACUAUAGAGAUACAAUCCAAAGACGUGUUUUUAUCUAAUGUGUGUAAUCAAAGACAGUGUAAUUCAUUCUUUUUGUACAUGCUUUGUAGGAAAGAAUUUUAUGUUUACAUGAAUUAUUUGUUUUUAUGUUUUAUUAAAAUAAUUUCAAUAACAG